UUUAACGUGAAUAAUGGGGCGGGUCGAGUGUCAGUGCAUUCGAUUGGUCAGAUGUUGUGUGAUGGACAGUGGCACCGCCUGCUGGCCAGAAAAACCAAACACACCCUGAGUCUGAGUGUAGACGGCCGCAGUUACAGCACACCCAACCCUUACCCACAAUCCACCUCUGCUGAAACCAACAACCCUGUUUACCUGGGAGGCUAUCCAGUCUCUGUUAAGCAGAACUGCCUGUCUAUCAACUCCAGGUUCAGAGGUUGUCUGAGGAACCUACAGCUCAUUAAAUCUCACCUGACUGAUGCUCUGAACCUGAGCUCUGCCCACUUUCUGUUGGGCGUCACUCCUAACUCGUGUCCUGUUGCCUAGCAAC